GCCCGUGGCCGUGGGAUCUGGCUCAGGGGCGCCUCGCUCGGAUGUUUGUUGAAGAGUAUCGGUGUGGACGAGGACCCUAGGCGGAGGGGAUGCUGAGGCGAUUAUGCUGUGGAAAGCUCCGGAUUGCUGUGUCCAGUGCCGCGAUGCGCCAUGGGACGGUGGAGGCAGGCUGAGAUACGUAUUGCGCAUCCGGAUGUGGUGGCGAAGGGCAGGGGAUGCAAUGGCUGGGGACCUUGGGAGUGGGUGAUGAAGCAGAGGGCUAAUGAUAUGAGUUUGAGGGAUAGGCGCCAUGCGGCCCAACUCUAUGGAACUGCAGGGCGCCCGGACAAUGCCUGGGGCUGACAGCGUUCGAUGGCUGUUCCUUGCAGUGGAGGAUGACCGGAUGCUGCAUGAUGGCCACCGGGGAGGAUUCCCAACGAGCUAUGGUCAGAUGGGGUCUCCGUUGGGUCCCGGGGCGGUGGGAGGUGCCUACAGCAGCGGCGGCAGUGGCGAUAGCCGCGUAGGCCCGUUGCUUUCCCCUCGUCUGCACCUACUGUCAGGUCCCGGCUCCCUGGAAACACCAAAGGAUCCGUCCGCCAGUCCGAGAGCCUCCUGCGGCUGUGCCCUAGUGCCUCCGCUCGCACCUCCACCCUCUCAUGGGGCAACCUCCGUCCGAGCAGCAGCCCUGCCGCCUCGCCACAGCACUGGCAACAGCGCUCUCAAUAUCAGCAGCGGCUCCACUCCGCCGGCCCUUAUCUUUCCCAGUUCGCUGCUUGCUGUCGCUGGUACGUCCAAUUCAGGCGGCGGCGCCGCAGCGGCGGGGGGCACGGGGGCGGCGGCGGGCAGCUGCGCUUCAUCCGUCGCGUCUCACACCAGCGGUGUGACGACGACCUCCCGGCCAUCGCGAUGGGGCCUACUGGCCGGAAUCCUCUCCGCUGGCUUGCACUCUUUCUCUCAGCUGGCGGGCGUAGUGGAGCCGGAGACCGGCAACCUGACUUUGGAAGCCGUCCAUGACCUAACCCGGCGCGCUAGCCGGUUAGACGUCGUGCGCGCCGCAGGGCAGGUCAUCGACCUGAGCCUGGUGGGGUCGGGCUCCAUGGGUCUAGUGUACCGUGGCCGCUUGGCCGCCGACUGCGGCGACCGGGCCCGCGGCGGCAGUAGCGGUGGCGGCACGGUUUGCGUGAAAUACCUGGUGGCGCGUGGUGCCGAUGGCAUGGCGGCGCCGGCAACGGAAGGGCUGCUGAGCCGCGCGCUGGUGCACCCCAAUAUUGUACGAACCUUCAGCUGGCACGUCACUCGCGUGACGUCGGAUAACUUUUUGGACCUUCCAGAGGCGCUUGUCGCCAUGGCGGCACUUGAGCAGCGGAGGCACGCCAAGCGCAGCCGGCGACGGGGGAAUUUCGCCGCAGGCAAGGGCCGACGAACUGGUGGCGGCGGCGACUGCACCAGCUCCAGCAGCGGGCUACACCCUUUAUCGCUGCCUACCACUUUGGCAGCCGCCGCCCGUGCGACACCAUCGGCAUCCACGACACCGCUACCUGCCGGGGCCAGUCGCCUCAUAGGCAGUGGAGGCGUUGAGGGGGGUGGUGACAAUGGAGUGGGAUGCAGUGGCGGUGCCUGCAGGGUUUCUGUGGUGGGGUCUUGCAGGCACGGCUCGAGGCGGAAGGCCUCGUGCUCGAGAGCGGCCUCCGCAACGUUUGCUGCCCAUGUGUUGGAGCUGGUGCGCUCUUCGGCUGGCGGUGCUGAUGUAGGGCGCGCGGCGUCAGCGCGCAGUCAUGGAUGUAGCCCCCAUAUGCGGAUGGUCUCUAGUCGGCAUCAGUCGUUCACCGGGGGUACUGCAGUCGCGAUGUUCCUGAGGGCUUCUGCGGCCUCCCGCGGCGGUCGCUUUGGCACCGUCUCUGCGCUCCCGGCCCUGCCGAUACCGCUGCUGCCGGCGCAGCCGCCCCAGCGAUACCAACCGCUGGAGCGGAGGUCGGACUUUGAUGAUACCUGGUCUGUGCCACGGGCGGAUUUCUACCGUACAAGUGAUCUCACCACAUGCAGCAUCGUGCAGCAGGGGGCAGUCUGUGACGCCAAUGCCGCAGCAGCUGCAGCAACAGCGGGCAUGGCGGGACCCAGUGCCCGGCGCAGCGGCACCAUUGCGUCGUUCUUCAGUCGUGACAGCACCAGCAGUACGUGGUUCUUGGCCAGCCCCAACCCAAGCAACCACGCGGCGAUCCCUGGGAGCUCGCUCCACCUAACAAACCGCAGUACGACGUAUGGGGUGCUUGUCCCUGCCGUCAGCGGUGGCGGCGCCGGUGCAACUGGCGACAACAGCCUCCUCCUAGGGACGACCCCCAUCGCCGGGACGCCACCUGCGACACGUGUCCUUCAGCAAAGCAGCGGUCAGAUGCUCUGGGCUUGCAGCGCGGGUGCGAGUAGCACCACGGCAGGAGCGAUAGCCGCCGCGUUGCAGCCCAGCGCACCCGUUGCGAUUUGCGGUGGCGGCGGCUGUGGUGGCGGCACCUCUGGCGGUCGCGGCCGCGGAAUGCUGGUCCGCGUCGGCAGCCGCCUGCAAUUUGCCACCACUCCCAAUAUGCUGCAGCCGUCCAUCCCAGAAGAUUUCCGGGAAAUGAGUGUGGCGGAGGACUUGAUGCCGCCAAGGCAUACCGUACCCAUGCCGGACCCGCGCGGCGACGCCGGGCUGCAGCUCAUGAUGGGGAGCCACUUAGGAGGCGACGAAAAGCAGUCAAGAUACGUUGAGAUACCGUCCAUCAACGCAGGCGCCGGGAAGCAGCUGUGCGUGGCCACCGCCACGGCCAAAGGUCCCGCCGCCGCCGGGCCUUCAUUCGGAAGCAGUACCGCAACCGGCGGCUCUGGCGGCGGAGGAAAUACCGGCGAGAGCAGCUGCGUUGAGGGGGAGCCCGUUCUGAGAGCUUGCUUCAUGGCGCAGAUGGACGCCCCGAAUGUGCGCAUGCUGCCGCAACAACCUGACCGCCGCCACCGAGAGGUGGAGGGUGGCAGUUCAGAUCACCCGCGUGUGGGCCUCUUGACGGUGGCCUUGGCCGCGACCAGUACUCAGGGCCAGAGCUGGAACCACAGCCGGAGCGGGACAUCAUCCAGCGGCAUCGCCAUCGGCACCGUCGGCCGACCACUGGCGGCGCCGCACACCCAGGCGGGGUCCGCCGACAGCGACUUACGCCAGCCCCGCGGCGGCGGCGGGGGCGGCGGUACCAGCCAGAGCCGUACCGUCAGCACUGUGCUGUCGCCCAGCAUGAAUGCAACUAGUGCUACCUCCUCCGCUAAGCACCUGAGCAGCACGGUCAAUCUCCCAAACCUGCCGUACGUGCUGUCUCCCGGAGAUCGCGGUCGCGCCGCUGCCGUCGACCUCACGCCGUCGGUCAACGGCUCUGAAGCGGCUGCCGCCGCCAGCAGCUCAAUGCACGAUGGUGCGCCUCAUAUGGGCAGUAAUAGUGAUGCCGCCGGGUCAGCGCCGGCUGCGGUAGCGGCGGAGGGAGAGGGCGAAGCGGCACGACAGGAGACGCUCGAGCGGGGCUGGCGGACGCUGCAGCAGAUCAUGCAGCGGCUUAAUGCGAAGCCUGGUGACUAUUUGACCCGCAUUGUCAUGGAGGACGCGGACCAGGGAUCUCUGCUGAUUGCAAUGCGGAGUGGUCGCUUCGGUGUCGACAACGAGCGGCUGCGUGUGCUGCUGCUGACUGCGCUGGACAUUGCGUGCGGCAUGGCCUUCCUUCACAAGCACAACGUCAUCCACGGCGACCUCAAGCCCUCGAACGUCUCGGACUUUGGCCUCUCGCGCAUCAUCAGUCGCAACCAUGAGUCUGUCCAGAAUCGAGAUAUGUUUCCGGCCGGAACGGUUCGCUACCUAGCUCCCGAGGCGGUGAGCGGCGCCAGCUUCAAGGCCUCUGAUGUAUGGAGCUUCGCAGUGGUGCUGUGGCAGCUGGUCACUGGGGAGCAGGCGCCCUGGCCCGGGCUGAGGAGCAUGCAGGUCAUCAUGGGGGUAAUGCAGGACGAGUUGCGCCUACGGGUGCCGCCCUCAGUAUACCCGCCGCUCGCACACCUGAUCGAGUCCUGCCUGGCUCAUGACCACAAGAAGCGCCCGACAUUUAACGACAUCGUCGCAAAGCUGCAGGCAAUGCUGCGCGAUAUCUCACGUUGCUGCUCCGAGCCGCAGCUCCACAGCCACUCGGAGGCCACGUGUGCCUUGGGCGGCCCUGCGUCUGAUGCCGUCCUUGGUGCCGUCGCCGCGGCUGCUCUGGAGCCUGCACCACUGCCUCGGGCGCUGUUGCCACCGCUGCCGCCGCCACCACCGCUGCAAUCGAGUGAUGCGGCUGCAGCCAUCGAGCCUCCCCGGCAGCUUGGGGACAGGCCCGCGGAGCUCUUCUUGGGAGCGGCAUGCUCCCAGGUGGCAUGCGAGGCCCUUGCCUUUGGCGGCCCUGUCGCCGUGCCGGCCGCCGCUGCCUAUCCAGCCAUCGCCGCCGCCGCAAAGGGCCUCCCACCUUUCGUGUCAGACGUAGCAGUGGCCACUAUGCUACAACCCGGCAUUGCACCCACAGCUGAGGUCGCGGCCACCGCUGCAGGGGCGGCAGCGGCGGCAGCUGUAGCGGCGGCUUCGGGCCUCCCAGCUGCCGCCGCCGCCGCUCCCCUACUAAGCCAGUUGCACACUCGCAGCAGUGAAGCAACAGACGUCGACGAGACUCAACUGCACAUCAUUGGACCUGGAGAAUCCGAAUCUGGAUCCAGAUCUGGGUCUGCUUCCGAAUCGAGAUCCCGCUCGCCGGUUUCGUCCGCAGUACCCUCGGAGGAGCGCGAGCGGCGCCCGCAGCCCCUGGCCGUAACCGACCAAAGGUCGGGGAAUCGCGUCGAUAUUGGAGCUGGCGGCGUUGGAGUUGGCAGCGGCGGUGGCGGUGGCGGUCUGCCCACACCGCAAGGUAGCCUGGCUGCUACCUCCAUCGCCAUCACCGCCGCCGCUUCUUCCAACGCACUGACCCAGAUGUCCUGCUCCUGGGCGCACACCAUCACCACAAAUACUAACACCACAACUACCCUGGCAACCGCUAUGCUGGAUCGUGACACACGGAGCAGCGCUGCCUGCGCUUGGCCCAGCGGCGUCUUACACCUGGCCACUAGCGCCAACGCCCACACCAGUACACUGGCAGGGUUCGGAACUUCAGCUGGUCUCAACCAGCUCAGUCGCAACAUGGUGGGCUCGAGCACAGGCGGCAGCACGGGCACUGCAGCAAUGGCCCAAGCCCUGGAGCGGCAGUGCAGCAUUCAGGAUUUGCACGGCAAGCCACGUACAGCCUUUCUGGGCGCGGUACUGCCGGAUGAUGUGUGCGGCGGCGGUCGUGUUAUGGGCCCCGGCGCAAGCCAGCUGACCGCGAGCAUGGCCACGUACGCCGCGCUCGCCGCCACCGGCAAUGGCGUCAGUGUUUGUGGCGGCGCAAACGUGAACGGCGCUUUCGGUGGGGGUUUCAACAGCCCGCGAAUCGGCGGUGGUUUUGCCACCUACCAUGGCUCCGCUGCCGCCGCUGCCACCACGGAUGGGCCCAACCCGCUUUUCCUGCCACCAGUGCAUGAGGAGCAGCCGUCAAGCGGCUUACAUACCGCAUUGACCCAUGGGUCAGGCCUAUCAAGCGGCUAUACGCAGCUGAGUGCCGGCGGCCCCGCCGCCAGUAUCGCAAUAACUGGGAGUGACCGCCGUACCGCGGCGACUACGUCUUCGGAAUCAGUUUCUGCCGGGUACGGCGGACCCGCGGAGGGCUCCCUGCCGCGCAUGUUGCAGGCGGGCCUUAUCGUGCUGGGUGUGCAGGACUCGGCGCCGACGAGGAUCGCUGCCGGACAUGUUCCUGGCAGUGUCCGAGGCACCGGCUCGACCCCGUCGACGGGCCAGAGAGAGGAUCUGCAACUCUAA